UUUGUGUGCAUGUAACAGUCAUGCUCAUUGCUCUUUGCUCAUUGCUCAGCCCAUGUGGUGCGAGGUGCGAGGUGACGUUCUGGCGUUUUUUUUCUCUCGAGCUCGAGAGGGAAAAAGCAAAGAGCAAAAGAGAGGGCCAUGGGAGGUGCAGACUCAGUGGCUAUUGGGCAGUGGGCUCUCGGCGGCGGCCAAGGCCGUAUGUUACCUACAUUGUUGUUCGGCGAAGUUGCACUCCGGUUGGUUGCUGCGGUGCUCGAUACGCUACUAGGUGCGAGGUUGGUACCAUUAACUGAACAGACGGACAGACAAGCCCGCGAUGAUGGCGUUCGUUAACCAUCAUACGGUAUUUGAGAUGGAAGGAAGUAGACAGUGAGCACGCAGGAAACGAAACGCUCGCUGGCGGGCUGGUCGACUGGCUGGCUGGGAAACUCGGUACCCGUAGUUACCUGUACCCGUACCUGUAGAGUACCUGUAGAGCACGGUGAUUGUGAUUGUGAUGGCUCGUUCUCGUCUCG